AUGUCUAUAAGUGCCUCAUCAGGCCCCCCUUGGCCCGGGGCCCCCGCCCCAAACCCUGAAGGGGCCUCUCUUACAGAUGGGGCCUCCCUGCAGCAGCAGCAGCAGCAGCAGCAACAGCAGCAGGAGCAGCAGCAGCAGCAGGAGCAGCGGCAGCAACAGCAGCAGGAGCAGCAGCAGCAGCAGCAACAGCAGCAACUCCAGCAGCAACAACAACAGGAGCAGCAGCAACAGCAACUACAGCAGCAAGAGCAGCAGCAGCAAGAGCAGCAGCAGCAGCAGCAACAGCAGCAGCAGUUGGAAGGGGAGUCCUCCAGCGAGUUUCCCUUGAGUGAUUAUGACGAAGAAGACUUGCUGCUGUGGGAGGAAGAAGAUGCUGCUGCUGGUGCUGCUGCAGUUGUUUGCUUCGUCCGUCUAAUGGACAAAAGCUACAAAAGAGAGACUGAGCUGCUGCUGCUGCUGGUCUACCCGCUGCUGCUGCUGCUGAUGGGGGCGCAGCUGACUGUGGGGUUUCUGGGCUGCUUCCGCUACUUGCUGCCUGCUGCAGCAGCAGAGCCCGCAGCAGCAGCAACAGCAGCAGCAGAACUCUCUACGGGCCACAACCUCUGGCUUGAGCCCAUCUUCUGGGUGCCUCUUUGCUGCUUCUUGCUGUCACUUGCUGCUGCUGCUGCUGCUUAUUCUGCGCUGCUGCUGCAUGACAUUAUUCCCCCUUCUCUUGAUAAGUUUCGGCUGCACAAAGCCUUCGACAGCAGCUUGCUGCUGCAUGCUGCUGCUGCUGCUGCUGCUGCCUUUUCCUUCAUCAAGCUCCUGGUCCUGACAGUAAGCACAAGCAACAACAAGCAGAAGCAGCAGCAGCAGCAGCAGCAGCGGCAACAGCAACAGCAACGCCAGCUGCUCUGGGCGCCGUUGGAUAGGCACCACCAAGAGCAGCAGCAACAGCAGCAGCAGCAGCGGCAGCAGCAGCAGCAGACUCCUGCUGCGUCUUCAGGUGCCUACAGAGCAACAGUAGUCCCUCACUCAGUUGCUGCUGCUCCUGCUGCUGCCAAAGGUGCAGCAGUAGCAGCCGCACCAGCAGCAGCAAGCGCAGCAGCAGCAGCAGCAGAAGAUUUGAACGAAACUGCUGCCGACGAGUCACAAGCAGUCACAGAUGCAGCAGCAGCAGCACCAGCAGCAGUGCCAGCAGCAGCAGCAGCAGCAAAUGCAGCAUCAGCGGAGAAUUUCUCGCCAGCGAAAGUCAUUGAAGAAAUAAGUGGUGCUGCUGCUCCAGCUCAGCAGCAGCAGCAGCAGCAAGAGAUGCAGCAGCAGCAGCUGCUACAGCAGCAGCAGCUGCAACAAUGGAGGCGGAGGUACGAGAAGCAGCAAUUCUCGUUGCUACCAGAGGGAUGGCCGUCGAGCGAGCAGCAGCAGCAGCAGCAGCAGCAGCAGCACUUGCUGCUGCUGCCGCAGCACGAAGGCGCUUCUGCUGCAAGCUUUGAGCAGCUCGUCUCCUUCUCCUCCGCAAAGCUGCCGCCUGCAGCAGCAGCAGCAGCAGCAGCAGCAGACCCCGAAGCAGCAGCAGCAGCAGCAGCAGGAGAGUUCAUCUCCUCCCUCUACCGCCCGCUGCUGCUGUCCACUCUGAGCCUCAGCCUGCCGCUGCUGCUGCUGCAUUCCGCAGCCUUUUUGCUGCUGUGGCGCAUCGCCAAAAAAGUGGGAAAGAUAUUCGGAAUGAGAAUGCCCAAGCUACCCUUUUAG